AUGGCCUCAAAUCUCUCCUGUGAGCGAUUCGUCAACAUUCCCACCACCACUCUCUACCAGAAGCGGGUAGACCUUUUGAAUCAGUUGCGUGAAGGCCCACGGCUACGACGUCGGCACACCAAGUCUCGCAAUGGCUGUGUGACCUGUAAACAGCGUCGAAUCAAGUGCGAUGAAGCAGUCCCCGCUUGUAAUAAUUGUACCAAGAGAGGAGAGCAUUGCGCUCGGCCUAAUGCAGUUUUACCUAGAGCCUCAAGCACACCUCCGUCAUCCCCGCCAGUGACACAAAGAAGAGCUCUUAGACGGAAAGAUGUCUCGAUCCAGACAGCGCCCAGAAUAGAAGUUCUAUGUCUGGCGGAAAAUCAUGGCUUGCAGAUGGAACUCAUGCAUCAUUUCGUCACACACACGGCUACCACCCUCGUUUUCAGCUCAGAGCUAUGGCGAGGGCCUUUGCUGCGUUUGUCCCUUCACGUGGAUUAUCUCCUCAAUGCCAUUCUUAUGAUUGCUGCCACACAUCGAUCUUUCCUCGCAGAUCCUGGGCAGGACCAAUAUCACCAUGCAGCUCAGAAAUAUCUAGCCAAGACAUUGCGCGGUUAUCAAGAUGCCUUAUCCCAUCCCAUCUCAAGUACUCCCGGUGAUGCGCUUAUUGCCGUAUCGCUACUGCUAUACCACUAUGCAUGGUCUGACGUGGACCAUAUGGCGGGUUCCUUUACCUCAUCACAGUCGCCAAAAGCUUCUCACGAGCUUACCAGCCGGGUGGAUUUUGCUGCAGAUCCGCUGCUGAACCUCUCGGUUGGUUUACGAUAUCUGUUCUGGAAAACGGGCGCCCUUGCUGCAGGCAGUGAUAGCCCAUUUCGUCCGUAUGCACUCGAAAGGCCUCGGACCAAAAUUGUUCAGGCCGUGCGACGACAACAACAGGAGUUCGAUAUCUUAAACCAAAUGGAAUCAUAUUUGCUGAGAGGAUACCACUCUCAUGGGGUAUCAAUCACAGGGGAGUUUGAUUCCUCCGCACUACAAUUGUCUCCAGAGGGUCUGGCUGGCGACUCGGUGACCCUCGCUGCGUUUUCAGAGUCUGCUGGCCGGCUAGCACCGAUUUUGGCCGUUCUAUCCUCAUCGGUUGGUAUUGAGGAUAAGCCAGACAUAGAAAAUGCUUCAAACCACUCAGGUUUUGACUGCGGGCCUGCAGUCCAGCUCAGAGACAUCAUUCGAUACCUCUUCUCCUAUCCUAUUCACUUCUGCGAUACUUUCCGGUCACUUGUAGCCUCACAGGACCGAAGAGCUUUGUUCCUCCUGCUGCACUUCUUUCACGCGGUUCAUCGUCUCCUGCCACCGGGCCUUUGCUGGUGGAGCCAGCGCCGAGCAAUGCUGUUCGAACAUCAUUUCAAAGGCAUCCAAAACAUGCAGCCUGCCGUCCCGGACCAGUUUGUGGUGUCGAUGUCUAUGUCUCCCAGACUAGAGGUGAAUAACCAGUGGGCUUGCUAUCGGGUGAGAGAUUGGUUGGAUGGUGAGUGUAUCCAUGGUCAGUUCUAG